UAUGAAGGCACUGGUGAGCACUCUUGUAGUUCAUUGAUCUUCCUGCUCUCCAGUAACAGCCUGCCCUUAUCAGAGGUAAGGGACAGACAGCUAUUAGGAAACUCGGGCACUGCCCGAGGGCCUGGGGUCAGUAGGAGGCCCCAUGAGAUGCCCCUGGUACCUUUUUCAUAGGCUUUUUUGAGUUUGGGCAAGGACACAGGGGCCCCAUGAUCCCCUAUUGCCCGGGGGGCCCCAUGAGUUGUC